AUGUUCUAUUUUGUUUUUUCUGUAUUAUUUGUUCCAAAUAUUGUUUUCUGGUUUCAAAUUACUAUUGGUAGUAUUACUAGUAUUAUUGGUACUACUAUUAGUAAUAUUAAUGGUAUUACUCUUGGUAGCGAUUAUUCACAAAUAUUUAACCUUUCCUCUUGCUUAUUCUUUGUAUGGACUGUUAUUUGGUCAAUAGCGUCAAUAACGGCUAAAAAAGGGAACAACAGGAUGUCGAAGCAAGAAUCAUUAAAGGUAGCAAUGCGUGAGGUGUUGGAGACAAAAGGGGUAAUAGAUCACAUUAAAGCAGAGCUACGUGCCGCUAUUUUUCAGUCUUUACAGGAUGGAGUUACACAGACAGGAGAUGCAAGUUCAGCAAAACCGCCUGUACCACCAGAAAAUCUGCUGAUUAAUGAACUUAUUAAGGAGUAUUUGGAGUUUAACGGUCUGGAGCACUCACUGGCGGUAUUCCGUGCGGAGUCUGGCUCUGGUAGAGAGGCUGCGGCAUCCGUCCCUCAUGCUGUUUUGGCUACGCAGCUAAACUUGACAGGAGCUCCGGCGUCUGUGCCGCUGCUGUACGCCAUGCUGCAUGAAGUACGUGCCUCUAAAGAUGUCUCUUGA